GAGCGGGCGUGCGCUCGGAGCCCGUGGCCCCUCUGCCCCCUCCCGGCCAGCCCCAGCUCGCCGCUGCUGCGUGGGGCGCCGCCGGCGGCCGAGGGAGCGUGACUGCGCUGCGCAGGGCGCUAGGAGGCAUUGUCGCCGUACAGGUCCUUUUAUGAGCAGCAGACCAGCCUGGUGGCUGGCAGCAGAACACUCACGUCUGCAUGCUGAGGAAGAUGGGUGAGGCCGUGGCCAGAGUUGCAAGAAAGGUCAACGAGACGGUAGAGAGCGGCUCCGACACCCUGGACCUGGCUGAGUGCAAGCUGGUUUCCUUCCCCAUCGGCAUCUACAAGGUCCUGCGAAAUGUCACUGACCAGAUCCACCUCGUCACACUGGCCAACAACGAGCUCAAGUCCCUCACCAGCAAGUUCAUGACCACGUUCUGUCAGCUCCGAGAGCUCCACCUGGAAGGGAACUUCCUGCACCGCCUGCCCAACGAGGUCAGCACCCUGCAGCACCUCAAGGCCAUCGACCUGUCCCGGAACCAGUUCCGCGACUUCCCCGAGCAGCUUACCACCCUGCCUGCCCUGGAGACCAUCAAUCUGGAGGAGAAUGAGAUCGUGGCAGACGUGCCUGUGGAGAAGCUGGCCGCCAUGCCCACCUUACGCAGCAUCAACCUGCGCUUCAAUCCACUGAACGCCGAGGUGCGCGUCAUCGCCCCGCCGCUCAUCAAGUUCGACAUGCUCAUGUCUCCAGAGGGCGCGCGGGCCCCCCCACCCUAGGCCUCCCUCCUCGUGCCCGCCCAGCAAGGGACAGAGGCCACCUGGCCUGGCGCCCUGAGGGGAGGGAGUCCCACGGGCCCUUGGGAGGCCAAGCUUGGGGGGCUGGGGGUGGGCGGGCUGAAUAGCACGUGGUGUGGCGGGAGGGGUGCAGCGGUCCAGGAUAGAUAGCAUAGAGCAGUAGUGGGCCCUGGAAUGCCCAGAGGGAGGAGGCAAGGAUGGGGCUGGAGCCUAUACUCUGGGCACUCAUGGCUUCUGUGCAAAUCUGGGCAGAUCCCCUGAGCCUUACAAUUUGAGAAAAGGGGCAAUGGUGGGGCCUUUUGCCUCCUUUGGGCUCCUUAAAGGCUUUUUGGGAAACACGCCUCCAAGUUACCUUCAAAUCAUUGGUACUUGGUGGACCCACGGAUGAGCAUCGCUGAGCAUUUUCUGGGCCCCUGUGGGUUUGAGGCCUUGUUUCUAGUGCUGAGAGCCAGUGGCUGCCCUGAGAGGGACGGAAGACAACCUCCAUCUAUUUAUUGCUUCCUGAGAACUGACCCGGAUGAGGCACCCGCUCAGCCCUGUGGGUCCCUGGAUUGGUGGGAACCUGAACCAGGAGUCAUGGGAAAGCUGCAGAGAGAGUGUGGCCUGGUGAUGCAGCAGGGCUGAGAACGUGUGAAUAGGAGCCCAAGAACCACCAAGCCAGCAAGUGGGGAGCAAAUCAAACAGGCUCUGUCCUUCCUCAUGACUAAGAAAUCGGCGGGGUAGGAGGUCCGGAGUGCUCCAUCCCUCCUCCGGGAGUGACCGGGUGUGCCAGGCAUCAGCCCUUCUGCUGCAGCAGAGGCGGCCCAGAGAGAAACAAAGCCAUUUGCACCUGUGCCACUCGCAACACAGUCUCUCUCUGGCAGCAGUCUGGCUGCCUCGUCAUUGGUCCGUGUGGGCGCGGAGGCACUAUGGACCACUGGAUUUGUGGCCAGCCAGCUCCCAGGCCACCACCCAGAGCCCUGCUGACCUAGUCAUCUCUAGGCCCUUGACCUGGAGUCUAGGGUGUGCCCAAGCAAUUGUGUGACCAACCAUCUCUGUCUGCCCGGGACUGAGGGGUUUCCUGGGACAUGGGACUUUCAGUGCUAACACUGGGACAGCACCCGGCAAACAGGGACAACUGGUCCCUCUACCAGGAGAGGGCCUGGGGCUCUUGCUUCCUGACAACACCUGUGGUUUGGAGAACCUCUGACCCCUUGUCCUCAGAUAUCUACCUCCCACCUUCUCAUCUGUGGAGCAAGCAGACUCAGAGCCCAGAGCCCACCUGGUCUAUGGGAGACACCUGAGACCACAGGACUUGGAGCAAGCCAGGCUACCCCGAUCCUACAUCUGUGGAUCAGUGGCCACUCUUCCGCUCCUAAGGUUAGGCUGUUCAGAGCUCAGACCACCGCUCGGAGCACUUACCCUUUUCCGGAAUGCUCUAAGUCCCACUCCGCCUCCCUAGCCCCGAGGCCUGCCCCUACCCAGGCCUUCUGUCCCUUGGCAAGAGGCUGACAAGUUGGGCCAUCGUUGACCUGCUGCCGAGCGCCCGGUGUUCACUCUGCUCACGUGCCAGGGUCUGGUUGGUGAAGCUCUGGGAGAAGGGUUUUCAGGGUAAGGAGGUUGAAACGGGAUCUUCUGAGGCUUCCGAGUUCAGCCAUGGAUGCUGGGGACAAGUGAGCCUGCAGUCCAGCUCAGGCUGGCCUGGCACUGCAUCCCCCCAGCCUGUGUCUUGGAGUGGCAUUGUUGAAGAAGGGGUGCACUUUUCCAACAUGCAGAAAGGCGUCGUAUGGCUAGAGCCUUGCAACUCGAGUACGGUCUGUGGGCCGGCAGCAUGGGUAUCCAUGGGAGUUCAUUAGAAAUACAGAAUCCCAGGUCCUACCCCAGACCUCCAGGAUCAGAACCUGCAUUUUAAAAGAUCCCUGUGUGGUUUCUGUGAGCACGUUACUGCUUGAGAAUCAGGGGCCUGGGGUGACCUGGGCGUGUCCUUGGAGUGGAGGGAGAAGGUUCUCAGCUCCCCCUGCAGCUUCCAGGGCCCAAGUCUGUGCUCAUCCCUCCCCCAAGCCCGCCCCCAGAGACCCUGGGCCUCUCAGAUCUUCUCAGAGUCUGCCUGGCACUGCCAGUCAAGGGACUGACCCAAUGCCACCAGGAGAGGAGGGCUGGGUUUGUGCGGCCCUCUGGGACCCUGCCUUUCUGGGUAACCUCUGCAUGCCAAGCUGCUGCUUCCCCAGGUCCUCACCUCAGACCCUUUGAAGGGGUUGUUUCUGGAAGCCAUUUUCUACUCUACCUGGAGAAUUUGUCCUUGCCUGCUGGGAAAGCUUGGGCAGUCAGAGAAGGCUCCAAAUCAAAGCCCACUGUGUGAGUGAGCCCUCAGCUUCAGUCUGCAAUAAAGAACGCGUUGGUUUCA